AUGGAAUCUUUUGUGCUUCACUUGGAUCGUUUCCCUCUACACAUAGUGGAGUCUAUAAUCUGUCAUCUUCCCUUUCGUCUUGCUCUUGCUGUCGUUUCUAACGGCUCCUCUCCGUAUCAACACCCAUUGCUCAAUGCGGUUUACAGGAAUAUCGAAGUCAACACAGAGGAAGGCUAUGACGAUGAUCCUCUAUGUAUGAGUCUAGAAAGACUCAGAAAGAGGUACCUUCUCGACAGCGCAGUAGCCUCUGUACAUAUGUCUGUAUAUAUCCCAGUGGGGAACUUUGAAGUAGUUGCUGAGUUCAUUGAUAGAAACACCCAUAUCCAUGUCCAAAAUCUUCGAGUUAUUGAUGAACCAUCAAAGGAAUUGUUUACCCGAAUGCUGACAAUAGUCCAGCGAGUCAAAAAGCUCCUGUUCGAAACCCCUGAAGAAUUCGACGAGGCCUCAGAGCAGGCCAUGUUGGAAUACACGCUCCCAGCAAACUUAUACGGACUUCAUACUUUCGAUUUCCAUACUGAAAUGUACAUGCCUCUCCAUUUGCUGAAACUAGAACUUCAGAUCUUCAGUUUCAAAGAAGAUAUCAUUCAAAGUCUCCCUCCAAGCCUUGAAUCACUUAGCAUAAUUUUACACCAAGCCGAACCGUUCCUAUUACCGGAUGAAAUGGCUCUACUUCCGAAAACAAUCAAAUCAUUACAGCUCGAGCAAUGUUUGGUUCUACAAGGAAAAGGUGAAAUCACGAUUGAUUUCCCCAACACUUUACAACUGUUCACAUUCGUUGCCUAUGAGAACUUUGAAAAUCUCGUUCUCGACUUGUCAAAUUUGAUCAAUUUAACAGAUAUUGAUAUAAAUGGUCUACAAUAUAAUCUUCCAUUAUCAGCAUUCAAAUUACCUGCCCUGAUAGAAAAUUUGCAGUUUAAAUCGGGACUUCUAUCCGAAGGCAUGUACCAGAUUGAAGAGCUUUCAAAAUUGAAACAACUUCUGUUAUUUAGAAGACCUAAACCCCAAAAUAACGAAUAUGAGAAUGAAUUGAAUUCAUCCUUAUUUAAAAGAGUUGUUCUACCUUCCGGCCUUCAACAAUUCAUCAUACAAGAUGGGUUUGGAAUCCUGUCGCAAGGAUGCAAUCCUCUUUUGCUUCGAAACUUUGACCUCCCAAAGGAUUUGGCAAGAUUGUCAUUGGCCAACUGCACUUUGCAUGCGAUCCUUGAACAUAUGUCAAAAUUGACGGACUUAAGUCUUACGAGUGUAGGCACUUUUGAUCAACUAUCGACAUUACAGACUUUAACUAAAUUGCGUAUAACGAACCUGAAGAUACCAUUAUACUUUUGGGAAGAUGUUUUACAUAUGGCAAGUUUGAGAAAUUUGGAAGUUAGCUUUUGUGAACUUAAGGGUUUCCCUUUAAAGCUACCUGAAAGACUCGAGAGGUUGAACUUAGGGGAAAAUAACAUAACGGAAGUUAAUGUUCAAUUGCCGUACAAAUUGUUUGACCUCAAACUAUGUCGUAACUUUAUCACAAGCUUUAUUAUCAUUGGCGAGAGCAAGUUGAGGAACUUGGACCUCGACAUUAAUAAGUUGACCGAGAUCAAUAAUACCACUUUCCAGAUUCCAGGAAGUGUUAAGGAACUAUCCCUUCGAACCAACCCCAUCACUACCGUGCACAAAGAUUUUACGUUUCCCAGAGAAAUUCGAUUUCUUUACCUCAACCGAACUAGCAUAGUUAAAGUAGAGGAGGUAUUGGCAAAAUUACCCCCACAAAUAGUGGAAUUGGAGAUGGACAGUAAAAGAAGGGUUCAAGAUGGCGACAAACCAAAAUCCAUUCGAGUUAGUUCUCCUACCCUUUGGAAGGCCAGCAUCAUGAAUUGCUUGGUAGACUGUGAAAUAAUCUGGGAAGACUGUUCCAAUCUUGAAUAUAUUGAUAUGAGUUAUAAUACCAUUGAAGUGAUACGUGUUGAAACGUUUCCUCUCUCGUUGAAGAGUUUGCGCUUGAAGCAGUGUGGUUUGCGAGAAGUAGAAGGAGACUUUUAUAAGUUGCCGAACUUGUUGUUAGCUGAUCUACGAAACAACAAUUCACUUUCAUGGUCGAACGAACAAAGAGAGCUUAAUAAGAAUGUUCGUCUAGUACAAGAAUCUGAUUUCGAGGAUGAUACUGAAUCUGAAUCCUAA